GCACACACUUAAACUUGCUUUCCAUCCUGUUUCUCCCUUUUCCUUGUUUCCACCGCCUUGAAAGUCUCAGGCCAGCGAGUAGUGGGUUGUUUAAUUACACUGCACUUUCAUCCAGCUGCCUUUCAAGCCUCAUUUGUGUUUGGAUGCUUGAACUCGUUCGGCGUACUAAUUUCUUUGAAUUCGUGGACAAAAUCUACCCCACUUUCGAGGGUUUGAAGUUUAUUACCAAAAGGGUAUAGUUCAUGUAGGAUACUGCAUUCUUUUCUUCUCUCCAGUUAUCGAACUCAACCGAUCACUGCCAAAGGGUGAAGCGAAGUCAUUUGGGUUAAGGAAGAACGACGAGACAAGCGACGGCGACGGAGAGGGAAAAUAGUUUGCACGUCCGUGCGUGCGCUGUGGCAGGACGGUCGUGUUGGUGGCUUUUCCCAGGGACUCUCGUCAUAAAAAAUGCCUCACAGGGCAACUUACAUUUUCCCGAGGCAAUUCCCGGACCGUAGGUUGGAUGAAUCCUUCCAACAGCUCUUAGAUCACGAGAAGAAGAGGAUCUUCGACUCCAUCAAAUCGGGAACCUUUGGCGCUGAAUGUGACGAUAAAAAAAAGCCGUCACUGUCAACUACUCCCAUAAAAAACGAUGUCAUUUAUUCGCCAAUUAAACACUCAGCUGUAUCCGAUCUUUUCACGGGUGGUGGCAAGCUUCGGACUAAACACAAGCAGGUUGUUGAUAUCUGCAAUUGGUCGAUAGAGAAAAAGGGGGGAAGAUCGGGUCACGUGAAAGCGUACUCUCACCGGUUAUCCAGCGAGGAAGAACGCGAGCUUCUGCUUCCGCCGGAGUCGGUGCCGCCGCCUCCCCCACCGGAGACAGUGAAGAAUUCUGCCAUUGACCAGAGCUUUGAUCGGCAGGUGUCGUUACCAAGGUUAUCUAGUAAUGGGAGUAGCUAUGCCGGGAGCUUGUUGUCGGGGACAACAUUGGAUGGCAAUUUUUCCAGUGACAUUAAGGAGGAGACGACGUCGUCGAUUUUCAGCUCCUCCAGGAAGCAAGAGGAAGAUGAAAAAGAGAGUAAAGAUAAGAUGGUGCAAAAGUCCGCAGAGAGCUACCGCCUGCAACUUACGUUGGCUAGGAGGCUUACUGGUCUAGCAAAUAUUGCUACUGAGCCUGCGCUUACUCUGGGCACUGAAAUCGAAACUUGGGAUGCUGAAUCCGUUUCUUAUCGUUUAUGGGUGAGCGGUUGUUUAUCAUAUUCCGAUAAGAUAACGGAUGGUUUCUAUAACAUUCUGGGGAUAAAUCCAUAUUUGUGGGCAAUGUGCAAUAAUGAGGACGAAGGAAGGCGGCUCCCCUCUCUCUUAGCGCUUAAAGCAGUUGAACCAAGCGAGACAUCUAUGGAGGUGGUUCUUGUUGAUAUCCAUGAGGAUUCGAGACUCAAGCAGCUUCAGGAUAAAGCACAAGAAUUGUAUUGUGCUUCAGAGAACACCUUGGUGUUAGUGGAAAAGCUAGGAAAACUUGUUGCCGUAUAUAUGGGGGGUACUUUUCCGGCAGAACAAGGUGAUCUUCACGGGCACUGGAAGUUGUUUAGUACGAGAUUGAGGAAUUUUCACAAGUGCGUUGUGCUUCCUAUCGGCAGCCUAUCUUCUGGACUUUGUCGGCAUCGAGCAAUUCUUUUCAAGAGGUUGGCAGAUUACAUAGGUUUGCCGUGCCGUAUUGCUCGCGGUUGCAAGUAUUGUGUUGCUGACUAUCGAUCCUCUUGCCUUGUCAAGAUUAAAGAUGACAAGCAGUUCCCUAGGGAAUAUGUAGUUGAUCUAGUUGGGGAGCCAGGAAAUGUCCAUGGACCAGAUUCCUCUAUCAAUGGAGCAUAUGUCUCCUCCAUGCCUUCCCCAUUUCAAAUUUCUCAUUUAAAGGAAUCCCAAUCACCCUGUCUGGACCUUGUAUCUACAAGUCCCAAUCAUAGUUUUGUUGUUACUGACAGUCGUUUAUAUUCAGCAGGCUGUGGACGGAACGAUCAGCAAGUCAGUGAAACUGAUUUGCUAAUAAACCCUACAGGCUCCAUUUACGCAUCAAUUGAUCAAACUUCAGAAGGAACAGAACCUUCUCUGGUUCCUUUUGGCUUAAAAAGGAAUGCUGAGGAACGUGCAGUUCUAGGUUCAGUUUUGCCUUCCAUCUGGGAAGGUGUUUCUGAAGUCCUUCAUUCACCAGUUGAGGCAUCAUUACAUGAAUAUCCCAGGCUUGGGGAAGAGCUAGUUGCAGUACAAGACUAUUCGACCAAUGAGAGAAGUUCUUUGAAAAAUUCUAUAUUGAGCUCUCCAAAUCAAUCAGAACCGGAGAAGGUAGACAAUGGACUUGAAAACCAGGGCUACUUUCCUGCUAAGGAUAUUCCAAGAUACUUGAAUCUUGAACCAUCACUUGCAAUGGACUGGCUUGAGAUAUCAUGGGAUGAUUUACGAAUCAAAGAGCGUGUUGGUGCCGGUUCGUUUGGGACAGUGCACCGCGGUGAAUGGCAUGGAUCAGAUGUUGCAGUCAAAGUUCUUUCAAUCCAAGAUUUCCAUGAUGAUCAAUUGAAAGAAUUUCUGAGAGAGGUUGCAAUAAUGAAGCGCAUACGCCAUCCAAAUGUGGUGCUUUUCAUGGGUGCAGUUACAAAACGCCCUCAUCUGUCCAUAGUGACAGAAUAUUUGCCUAGGGGUAGCUUAUACCGCCUGAUUCAUAGACCCACAACUGGCGAAAAUCUGGAUCAAAGGAGAAAAUUGCGGAUGGCUUUAGAUGUGGCUAAAGGGAUCAAUUAUCUUCACUGCCUUAACCCUCCGAUUUUGCACUGGGAUCUCAAAUCCCCAAACUUGUUAGUCGACAAAAACUGGACCGUGAAGGUGUGCGAUUUUGGAUUGUCAAGAUUCAAGGCCAACACUUUCGUAUCAUCAAAAUCUGUUGCUGGAACACCCGAGUGGAUGGCUCCUGAAUUCCUUCGUGGAGAACCUUCAAAUGAGAAGUCUGAUGUUUACAGUUUUGGAGUCAUCUUAUGGGAAUUGGUCACGAUGCAGCAACCGUGGAGUGGUCUUAGCCCUGCUCAGGUGGUUGGAGCUGUUGCUUUCCAAAAUAGGAGGCUCGUUAUCCCUCCAAACACCUCCCCAAAACUAAGCUCUCUCAUGGAAUCGUGUUGGGCUAAUGAUCCUAAUGAGAGACCAUCUUUCGCUAACAUUGUGGACUCGUUGAAGAAGCUGCUCAAGUCUCCAGCCGAGGUUUUAAAAAUAGGAGGGACAUGAUGAGCCCAUCCAUUAUAAUACUCUCUCGGUUCUAAAUUUAAAAUCUAUUUUAUAAUACAAAUUUAUAUUAUAAAAUGGAUUUUAUAUUUAAGACAAGAAAAGUAUAUCUGAAAUUUGUUAUGCUUAGAUUAACGUUAAUUAACAAGUCAUAAAACUUGUUGAACUCAUUUUAUCUGUCGGAUAGAAUCACAACCUUUUCGGCUGUAUGUGAAUUGUAUAAUAUUUGUUGCUUCUAACCAAGCCCAAUGAAAACCCUUGAGUUGAAGUUUUAACUGGGGGUUUUGGAUUUCGGGAUAACACUUAUCA